AUGGAUAUUGAUGGAGAUUCUUCAGGUUCAAGUGAUGAUGAAAUGGCAGAGAUGCUAAUGAUUAAUAUGGUUUAUGAUUAUUACCAGAAUCAUUUGAAUAAAACAGUGGUGAAUGAUUCUAAAUUGUCUGGUCGUGAAUUUGUUAAUGAAAUAUUGAAUGGAUCAGGAACAGUUUGCUUUGAUUUAUUUCGAAUGAGGAAGCCAUGCUUUGUUAGAUUCUGUAAUGAAUUGAGGGAGAAAAACUACUUAAGUGACUCAAGGGAUGUGUUUGUUGAUGAAAAAGUUGCAAUGUUCUUAUUCAUUCUUGGUCAUGGUGUUCGGCACAGAGUUGUUGCAAAUCGCUUUCAGCAUUCAACGCAAACAGUUUCAGUUUCAAGUUGUUUGAUAAUAGACCAUGGACCAAUUUACACUCACUCCCAAACACAAUCACACAAACUCUAUUUCAGUUUCUAUCUACCUUUUGCCCCCACAAAAAAAAUGUUGUACCCUCUUCAAAUUUUCUCAGUAAAAUCAUCAUCACCAUCAUCAUCUUCAACCUUAAGCUCAAUGAAGCUUAAGAGAAUCAUUCACACCCUCGUAGUCUCCCACUUGUGCAGAAUCAUCCGUGCACUUUCCAAAUUCAAGGCUGUUAUAGUUGAGAUUUUUAAGGACAACCACCAAACCAUUCACUUCCCUUUAUACCCUUCUCAGAAAAAGAGAAACAAGAUCAUCUUUGGUUCCUUCAGGCUUCACUACAAUUGGUGCUCUUCAAAAUCCUCUCAUGUUCUGCCGGUUCCCCAGCGGGUUUAUGAAGGGUUGUUUGAUGCUACUACUCAACAAGAUGGUGAGGAUUGCCCUGACUCAGAGUCAGAGCUUGCAGGGUACCUGAGAUGGCUUGAGGAGAAGAAGGUUCAAGGUGGUGAUGAUGUGAAGGAGGAGAAGGAGGUGAAUGAGAAUAUUGAUAUGUUAGCUGAAAUGUUCAUUGCCCAUUGCCAUGAGAAGUUCAGGUUGGAAAAGCAGGAAUCUGAUAGAAGGUUUCAAGAAAGGCUGGCUAGAAGCAUGUGAAGUUAACAAGCUCUCAAGUUGAUUUGGUAGUGUUUCUUUUCAGAAAUGUUCAUUACUCACUCACUCACUUGUGUUGUUGUGCUUUCCCACAUUCAAAUUCAGUUGGUUAGUUACUUGGGAAGAGCAAGCUUGUCCAUGGGGUGGAUUUUAUUUGUUGCCUUUUACUUUUAUAUUCCAACUUUUCAAACGAUCAAGGGGGGUUUCAAGAAUUGUUGUAUACAUGGUGUGGUGUGGGAUGAGAAGGGGAAUUCUGCAAUUCUUCUGUUGACAUAGUCAUAAUGGUUUUAACUUUUAAUUCAGUCUUAUCUAAUCUUGAUGAAAAUUGUUGUUUCAAA